CGAAGGAAUGAAGCCGAAAAGGCAACGCAAGAGUUUGUCGGGAAGACGUCACAUUUUUCGUACUUCUCCAGGUGGUCAUAACGAUGGGAGUGGGAGGGAAGAAAGAGAGGGUUAAGAAAGAGAGAAUUAAGAGAGGGGUUCAUCAAGCUGGACGAUUGAGGGAGAAGUCGGCAAGGAAGCGAGCCGAUCGUGAUAAUAAGAGAUUAAGAGUUAAGAAAAGGAUGUAACCGUCCUCCCGCGUCCGCUUCCUUUUGCCUUGCGCGCUGCUCUCAGGAGAACAUCAGUGAAAGCAUGAUGACUUCUGCUCAAGAUCCAUUUUAUAUUGUUAAAGAUGAAAUUCAGGAAUCUCAGAUUGAUAAGCUGCACGAUAGUUUCCGCCAAUGGGAAGAGACCCCUUAUAACAGUGGAGAGCAUCUUCAUCUAACUAAACAGCUACUUGCCAACUGCGAAAGCAUUAAAUGGCAGGUAGAUGAACUGGAUAAGGCAAUUGCAGUUGCUGCAAGUGAUCCAGCUUGGUAUGGCCUCGAUGAAGUUGAGCUUGACAAAAGGAGGAGAUGGACAAAUAUUGCUCGUAUUCAGGUGGGUACUGUGAGAAAAGCUCUAGAAGAUGGAAGGAAGAAAAGCAACUCAAUCAACUUGGGUUCCGGUGGGAUGCAUAGGGAGCUUAUGAGGCUUCCAAAUGUUGGUUUUUCUCAAGCAGGAAGAUCAAACAACUAUGCUGCUGAAGACAAUGAUGAUUUUAUAUCUGCAGAAUCAGAUCGACAGAUGCUCCUUAUUAAGCAACAAGAUGAGGAGCUAGAUGAUCUAAGUGUAAGUGUUCAGAGAAUUGGAGAUGUAGGGCUUACUAUAAAUGAAGAGCUUAUUGGACAGGAGAGGAUUUUGGAUGAUAUGAGUGUGGACAUGGAAACUACUUCAAAUCGGCUUGGCUUUGUUCAGAAAAAAGUGGCCAUGGUUAUGAAGAAGGCUGGUGCAAAGGGACAAAUUAUGAUGAUACUGUUCUUGAUAGUUCUUUUUAUUGUUCUUUUUGUUCUGGUUUUCUUUACCUAGGAAGCAAGCGAUAGUUGUGUGAUUAUAUACUUUGUAAAUAACUCUGGGAAAACUUUGUCAAGCUCCUGAACAAACUAUACCUCCAUAAAUAUAUGUCUGGGAUAAAUAACCGAGUUCUGAAGGAUCA